AUGGCGCGCGAAAUUUCGUACGAAAUAAACAGAGCACUAUACAAUCGACGUCUCACGACAACGCUGUGGCCUGUGAACACUGAAUUGGGGCUUGGAAGUCGGAAUCGUCGGCGCCAGGUGGCGGCGGCUGUGAUGGAGGUGUGUACUGUGUUGUCGUCCCCCGUCCGUGUGGCCGACGUCGCGUGCGUGCGACCGUGCGCAUGCGUGGGCGGUAGGGUGCGGGUGGUUGUCGCUCCUAACCACGGUUAUGUUGCACAACGGGAAGGGGUCGACAACCUUGCGCUGGAGCCGCGUCGCGUGACCGCGGAUAAUAAUAAUAAUAUUAUGUAA